UUUAAAUAACAGUCUGAAUUUUUAUUAUUAAUAAGGGAGGAAGCGGCCGGGGUCUUCUUUGCCGGAAGUCAGAAUUUCUCAUCAUUUGUUGGCUUUCUUAUUUUGGUGGGAGUCUUGACAUCAUUGGCUGGUGCUUUGGAUUUCUGGGCUUCCUGGUUGCCCUGUCGAGGUGUUGGAUGAGAUUUUUCUCAGUCGGUGUCGACUUUCAGUUCGUCGUCUGAAAAAUUGUGUGGUUAUUUUGAGAAGGUUUGAGUUUUUUGAUCUUUUUGAGCUGUUGGUGUUUUUCUUUUUCCCAUUUUCAUGGUCAGAUUCUGUUGGCGUGGUUAGUAAUUUACUCGGUUUAUUGUAAUCGGUUGUUGGGGAAUUGAGUUUUCUUCUUUCUGGUGGGGAGAGUCUUUUUCUCUUUGAUCUUUUUGUUUAAUUGGGCCCUUUCACUUCGCUUUCAUUGCUUCGAGUUCCUGUAUUGGGUGAGUUCCGUCGCUGCUGCUUUGAAUUGUUGGAUUUGGUGAUUUGUUGGGUAUCUCGAGAUUGUUAGGAAUUUGGGCUGUUGGGAAAGUUGAUAAAUCUCCGAUUGAAUCGCAAUUGACGCUCUUCAGAGUUCCUAAAUUUUAGUUAAGUCUGCCUUCGCGGUCGGAUCUGCGAGAUUUCGCAUGAUUUCUGGGCUUUUCUUUCCGGUUCUGCAUUUGUUGAAACAAAGGAGGAGAGACUGCGGAUCAAAUUCUGUGGUGUUCGACUUUGCUUGAGCUCUUAGCGACUAAACGUGCUCAUCAUUUGCGACAACUCGGAGGAGAGUGGGAUAUCGUCAAUAAUUGAAGUCUGUGGGGUUCAAAACUUGGUCAGAGAACAAGGGCAUGCAAUUUAUGUUUAGGAAAGAGAUAUGGCUGCUGGCGCUGGUCUUUCACCACCAUUAACAGUUCUUGAAAGUGGAUAUGGCAAAGAUAAUGGAGCUUUCAUAGAUGGUUCAACUUCAGAGAAUCAACCAAUCAUGAGGCAACCAAAGGCUGGAAAGCCACCUCGAUGUCUUCCUACAAUACGCCAUUGCGUGAGCACUGCCCGCUUGGCUAAUUCAGAGGACUUGGAUGAUGAUGUAGGAAGCUUGAUAUUGACGCCAUCAUCUGAUGAGAAGGCUAGUUUUCUACCUAUAUUUCGUUCUGGGAGUUGUAGCGAGAUAGGGCCAAAACCAUAUAUGGAAGAUGAACACAUUUGUAUUGAUAAUUUAAUCGAGCAUAUAGGAACUGUAGCAGAUUUCCCAUCGUCAAGUGCUUUCUAUGGGGUAUUUGAUGGUCACGGUGGUUGUGAUGCAGCUGCUUUUGUUAGAAAGAAUAUCCUCACGUUUAUAGUCGAGGAUGCAGAGUUCCCUACAUGUAUAAACGAAGCAAUCAAAAAUGCAUUUCUGAAAGCUGAUAAUGUGUUGGCGAAUACGCGCUCUCUCGACAACACCUCUGGAACUACUGCAUUGACUGCACUUGCUUUUGGAAGGACUCUUCUUGUUGCUAAUGCUGGUGACUGCCGAGCAGUGCUGGGGAAACGAGGUAAAGCUGUUGAACUGUCGAGGGACCACAAACCCAAUUGUAGCAUCGAGAAGCAGAGAAUAGAGAGCUUAGGUGCGACUGUUUAUGAUGGAUAUUUGAAUGGUCAAUUAUCAGUUUCCAGGGCUCUUGGUGACUGGCAUAUGAAGGGCUCAAAAGGUUCUUUUGGCCCUCUGAGUGCAGAGCCUGAAUUGCGGACGGCUACCCUCACACAUGAAGACGAGUUCUUGAUAAUGGGUUGUGAUGGACUUUGGGAUGUGAUGAGCAGCCAGUAUGCAGUGACAAUGGCUAGGAAAGAGCUCAUGCUACAUAAUGAUCCUGAGAGGUGCUCGAGGGAACUGGUAAGAGAAGCUCUGAAGCGCAAUACAUGUGACAACUUGACCGUUGUUGUCAUAUGUUUCUCAGCUGAUCCACCGCCUCGGCUUGAGCCAAAACCUCUAGUUAGGAGAAGUUUAUCAGCAGAGGCGUUGAAUUCCCUCAGAGAAGUUUUGGACAGUUAUAGUUAAAGGGAUUAUAUGCAUCCAAGAACAGCCUCUUCUCUAGUAUUCCCAUUUCAUUUAUUCCUCUUAGUUUUGGAACAGAUUGUCUAAAAUGGGGGUUGUGGAUUGUAUUAUCCCCUUCUCUUAACCUUCGUUGACAAUUAGCUCCAUCAAGAGCUAAAUUUGUGAAUCACGAUUUUUUCGGUCCAGAUGAAUCUGGAAAUAACCACACUGUACAUGGAGGUUGCACUAUUAUUUCAAUAGGAAGCGCCAUCUUUUCUUCGCUA